AUGUGGAUUUCACAUGAAAGCUUUAUGGAUCUUGUUUCUCGGGUUUGGAUGGAGGAGGCCAAUGGCUUGGCUCUUCUCAGAUUGGCUAGCAAGCUCAAACAUUUAAAAGUUUCCCUGAAGGUCUGGAAUAAGCAGGUGUUUGGGAAGACACAAGCUCAUAUUGCUGAACUAGAAGCACGAGUCCAGGGGUUAGAAAAUACUCGUCCGCGCACAAUUCUCCCAGCCUUAGCUGGUUUGGUUGAUCCUGUUAUUACCGAUGAGGAAAAUCAUGGAUUGUGUCGUAUUCCGUUGCAGCAAGAGGUCUAUGAUGCGCUUUGUUCUAUCCCUGAGGAUAGCUGUUCGGGGCAGGAUGGCUUCAACUCGGGGUUCUUUCGAAGCUGCUGGCACUUUGUCAGCAAUGAUGUGACGGAUGCUGUGGCUGAGUUUUUUAGAGGGGGUGUUCUACCUCGGUUUUACAUUGCUUCCUAUUUGGUGCUUAUUCCAAAAGUUGAGAAUCCGGGGAGCUUUGACAAAUUCUGGCCAAUUAGUCUUUGA